AUGCAGGCGCACCGCCUCGCUGCCAGUAUUUGGGGGCAAAAAGUGGUGUCAGUCAAGCGAGUAAACGUUCAAGGGCUGGGAAGCAUUACCUUGGAAGUCUUCAUGGAUGAUGGCUCUUGUCGGAUUAUUCAAUUUCGAACGCAGCCCCUGGAUUUGAAUCCAGCUAUCAACCAACCGCCUUCUUGGAAGCUACGCUCCAGAUGUACAAAGAUUGAGAACUCGGUUCGUUCUAGGGAUAACGUAUUUGUCUUUCAUAUGGAAAGAAUAACUGGGAAGACCUGGAUGGAAGCAGACGAGCACUGGGAACCAGCCCCCGUGCAAUGCGUAACUUCACUCGGUCGUGUCUUGUCCAAAUGCUUCGUGUUCAGAACUGAACACGAAAUCGAGAACUAUGUCAAACCAAAUCUCCAGAAGAUUCUCAACAUGCCAACUCGCUCGAACAUUGAUGUCAGGCCCUAUUUUCCAUUAGUAGAGGAACUCGUCGAGGUAUGCCCGAAGCUCAAGAGAUUUUCAGGCUUCUUUUCACAUUUGGACCUCAACACGAUGAACAUCUUUGUGGAAGAAACAAGCCAGCUUCAUGGGGUCAUUGAUUGGGAAGAUGCCCGAGUGCUACCGUUUGGCUUCAAUUGUUCGGCCAUUCAUUUUCUAGCUGCAGAGUUCCUGACUGUAGAGUCUGGGAAUAUUGAGUUGGUAGAGAGCCAGAAUUAUGAGGAAAUGGAACGAGGGUUCUGA